UACGUACUUCAGGGUCUUCAUACCUUCUGAAAGGUUCUGCACUACCACUCGAGACACAGAGCGCACGUUGGUUUGAGAGAAAGUGCUUCCAUAGCCUCGUGGUAUUGACAAGCCAUGUGAGGAUUUAGACAAGCAGGAUGCCAGCUGGAUGUAUUCUGUUGUUUUGGGUAGUCCUAUUUCCAGUGUUUUUGGAAGGGUGCUGUGUGAAAGGCAGUCAACGUAAUAGAAAAGGUCCUCGCAUGAAUACUACACAGCGGCACUAUCGAGUUGUGGCUGGUGAAAUGUUUCUGAUGCCGUGCACAAAUAAGAAGGUGACAUGGUCCAAGAUUCGAGUAGAUGGCGAAGGAAAUGGAGGCUUUUAUUUUGACUGUGGAAGGGAGUUCCUAAUCGAAGCCAAACAUUCAGGAAAUUACACUUUGCUUACUGGCGAAAUGUUCCUCUAUCUCCAGGUGUUGGAGAAACAGAGCCUGCCAUGUUACAAGGCUGAGGAGGUUGGUGUCAUGCUGCUUGCGGGUGCGGGAGGGAAAAUCCCCUGCCCCGGUUUCAACUGUACACUGAGCACAGGUGUCACCUGGUACAAGGGUAACAAACGUGUGUCAGAACAGCAUCGAGCCUCCUGUGAGAAGGAUGGCCAGUUGCAUCUCUGCACAGUUCGCCAAUAUGACACGGGGCGAUAUUUUUGCGAUAAGCAUUUCGAAGAACAAGGAGUGCAACGGACCUUCAGGAGGCCUGUUGACGUGACGGCCAUACCCUAUAAAGAAGUGAGUUCCGCUCCAAGGAUUACAAUUCCUGAUGGCAACACAACAAAGGAAGUGGAACUUGGAGAGCCUCACACUCUAAAAUGUCAGGUACAUUUUCCUUUUGAGGUCAACUUUUCACCACAAGUGCAAUGGUACAUGAAUUCCAGAGACAACAUGAAGAACAGGACUAUGCUACACAAUCAGAGCCAACAACAGGUAAGGGUAACAUUUAAAGAGCUCAUGGUCACUCAAAGUGCCAUCAUACAGGAGGUGACAGCUCUCCAUAUCAACCAUACGUACACUUGUACGGCCACAAACUCAUUUGGGAACAGCAGCGUCACGGUCAAGGUCAAGAGGAAAACUAAAGAGGAACGUCCAUCGCUGGUUGGUUAUCCAAUUGCAACAUUACUGCUGGUUGCCGGGAUCGGCAUCGUUUUGCACGUGAAAUGGUUGGAACUUCAGCUUAUUUACAUAUCACGCUUUCGACGCGGAAAAGUUGAUGGAGAUGAGAAAGAGUUUGAUGUGUUUUUGUCUUAUGUGUGGGCACCUCCAUGUGAGGAAGCACAUUUGACUCAAUCUUCACAAUCAGGACAAGAAUCACUCGAUUAUCCAUCGACACUAGAACCGUUCAACUCUGAAGGUGUUAUCGGUGAUUUGAGGCCACCUGAGGUGCUGAUUCCCAUGGUUUUGGAGGGCCGGUGGGGAUAUCGGCUCUGUCUGCUGGAGAGGGACAUACUUCCUGGUGGAGCCUACACAAACGAUGUGGUCCGUGCAAUACGAAAAAGUCACAUCCUCAUCUGUAUUGUGUCUGCUCACUAUUUGUCCAACAGCAAUGCUGUGUUUGUUCUGGAAUCAGGAAUUCAGGUUAUGGUGCAGAGCUCGACUCUUAAAAUUCUCCUCAUACAGACGGGUCCAACUUCCACAUCGUUCAUACAGCUCGAUUCACCUCUGCCCUCAUUGGUCCAAAGGGCCUUGAAGGUGCUACCCAGCCUGGACUGGAAUUCAGGACCAACUGAAAGCGCAACCGUCAAAUUCUGGAGUUCGCUGAGGAAGGCCUUACCCAAACACAGAGUAACACGUGUCACUGGAGUCAUAUCACAUGCCCAUUUUGGACAAACGAGUUAUGAAUAGGGAUGCACUGACUUUUUCAGACCAUGCGAGAGUAUCAGUACUCGCCCUUACUGAUAAUGAUACUGAUACUUGAUGCCAUUACAUUGUGCAAUUGUCAUGAAAAUGUUUGACUUGAAUCAAAUACCGUUCAAAAACUGAAAUGACCUUGAAUUAUCGCCACAUGGCAAAAAGGCUCCGACUCCACCAGCCUGGAAUGUAGUGUGCGCUGCUUCUGUUGCGCGAACCUUGGCCUCCAGGGGCCAGUACGGUGCGCGCAUGCAGAUAAUGCACACAGCUGAUGAAAAGACAAAAGAAAACUUGUCACAGCUGAGCUGCAGUUUUCUGCGGAGUAGAAAUAAUGUAUGCUAAAUUAUCUCUGUAUUUUAAUAUUCGUUGCUUAGAUUUCAGAUAGCAGACCUAUAAUAUAGAUGUAUUCUUUUUGUUUUACGUUAGUUUUAACGGUAAACUUCAACUGGGUGUGUCAAACGGCUCGAAACAAGCCGAAGUGGACUCCUUUUUAAAGAACUGUUCAUCAUCUGCCAAACUGCUAAGGAAUUGACCUUGCCAUUCCAAUACUUUUGGAGGGGACCGUAAGUAGGAGUACAGACAUAAAGUAUUAGCAUCUUUAGUUAUGAAACGUGCAGAUUAAAAAAAAUAAGUCAGUGUGAGAUGCGGCACAACAACAUAUUGUCUAACGGGACAAAUUGUUCCACGUAGAAAUGAACCUUUUCAAUGUUUUUGUGCAGGUAUUUGCAAUUUUAAGCCAUAAAAACAAAGCAAAACACCACCACCCAUUUUCCACAAUGUUUAUUGGACUGUCCAUUAAAAUGUAUUCUGUUAGUGAGCAGUCAUAGAGUUUAGGUAACCGAUUCUGAAAUACAAAUUGUUAAUAUUGUUGAUUUAGGAGCUGAAGGGAACUGAAAGGAAAGAAGACAAAAGAUCUCAACACCUCAUCUCAGUGAGCAGUAAGCCUUGGCAGGAUUUACAGCAUGUCUUUCCUUGUACUCCUUUGUGUCGAAAUAGGCUUACUACUCUCAUGUUAUUUCUGCAGCAGAUAUUUGCGUGAUUCCACACUUAAAAUACGAUUUGAGUUUUCGGGUGACCAAUAAAACAAGAGACGCUUCAUGUGUAAUUUCAUUAAGUAAUAAACCGCUAAAAUACA